UUGUUUGCAUUGAAAUAAACAAAUUUAAAUUAAUUAAAUUAAAUUAAUGAAUUCAAUUAAACUAAAUUAAUUAAAUUAAAUUAAUUAUUUUAAAAAAAAUAAACAAAAACCAACCAAGAUGGGCGAGUUUAUAGCUGAAAUGCAGGAGCGCCUGCUGCCGGAGUACGAGCAGAUGAAGCACUACAACGUCUUCACGCCGGAUCAAGUCAGAGAAAUAGUGAGCAGGCGGGAGCGUUUAUUCCUGAAGAUAACUAAAAGCCACCUGGCUGUCGGCGAUUAUCUAGAGUUCAUUGUCUACGAGAAGCAAAUGUACAAGACACUCUCCGAUAAGGAGAAGAUGAUGCACAUAAAGCUGACCGGCCUGAAGAACUCCAUAUCCAUACGCAUCAUGCGUCUCUACAGGGAAGUGUUGAGCAAGUUCACCCACGACAGACGCCUGUGGAGCAAUUGGAUCAAGUUUAGCAAAAAGUCGGGUCCACAGGAGGUCGCAGGCAUAUAUGAGAAGAUGCUGCUGUACCAUGGCGAUGAUCCGAACUUUUGGGUGGACGCUGCCCUGUGGCUCUACGAAUACAACCGCCUUAAUAUAGAUCGCGUGAAGGACAUUCUGCUUCGUGGCCUGCAGCGUCAUCCUGACUCGGAGGCACUCAACAAAUGCUUCUUCGACAUUCUGCUAAAGGAGGCAGCUCGUGCAGAUCCUGAGAAAAAUCUCGCUGACAACACUCUGUCCGAGCAGGACAUAAAACUGGAGCGGGUGGAGGCCGUCUAUCGCAACAGCAUGGAAAACAUUACGAGUUUGGACUACUUUGUGAAGCUGCUGGAGAGCUGCGAGGAUCACCACGAGAUAACCCUCAAGCUGCAGCGUCUCAUCAUCGAUGACAUGCAGGAGAAGUUCCCGCGCGAGCCUGGCCUCUGGGAUUUGGCGGCGCAACGUGAGCUGCGUGGCUACCAUCUCGGAGACGCAGAUGAGGAGCCAGACAACAAUGAGGAGGAACCAGCCAGCAAGAAGUCUCGUUCUGCCCCCAAUACCCGCUCCCUAAAGCGCCGCAUUCAGCUGUGCGUGACCGUCUACAAGUCGGCCGUGGAGGUGCUGCAGACACAGGAUAUGUGGACUCUCUAUCUGGAUGCCAUGCUCGCUCUAAACAGCGACGGAAAAGCGGAACGAGCCCUCAAGCAGCAGUGCCUGGCCGAUGCCCUGCAGGAUGGCCAUCGCUCGAAGCUGAUGCACGUGCGGCACUAUGCCAUCCUGAGGAAAAUGCUCAGCAGUGCGCCGAGCGGGCGAGAAGCCGCUGUUACCAUUCUUACGGAGGCCCUCAAGAACGAUGCAUCGGUGGAGAUGCACCAGUUGCUGUUGGGCACGCACGUGCAGAAUGACAGCGAGUCGCUGAUCCAUGAGAUGUUCAACAAAUUCCAAAGGACCAUGGGCCCCGAAGCCCUGCCGCUGUGGCAGAUGGUCAUCCUCUAUUAUCGUACACGUCAGGAUAGCCUCGGCAGGAAGCGACUGGAAGAUAUCUACAAGAUAGCCACAGCCUCCACCUGGCCGAGCUUCUCCGAGCUGCGCUCCGACUAUUUGCGGUAUCUGUGGCAUGCAGAGUCCGUCGAUGCAGCGCGCACGGAAUACGCCAAGCUGGCCCUACAGCCGCCCAUGUCCCUGCAGCUGCAUCGCACGAUGGCCCAGCUCGAGAGCAGCCUGGCAGUGCGCGACAAGGCGGCUAUCAAGUACUGGCGCAUGUGUUACGAGUUCAUGGCCGUUUACUUUGGCAAAACGGAGCCCAGUGUCUGGGUGGAGUAUCUUACCUUUGAGCGGGACCAUGGCGAAACCAAGAACCUGUCCCUGCUCACCCAGCGCGCACUCACCACCCUGGAGCCCCGGUACGUGCCCGCCUUCGAGGCGGAGCGUGCCCUGGCCUAUGUAGGCGCUGCACUCGUUGGCUAAGAAAUCAUCGACUAGGCAUAAGUAAGGACUAAGGACUAGUAAGUCUAUAAAGUGAACCUUUUAUAUUUGUUGUAAUCUGUAUAUUGAGAUUUCCUCGACUUGGCCCUUGUUAUAUAAUUAAUUUUAUAAUAUUCUGCUAUUGAUUGUGCAACACAAAAGUGUUUAAAAUUAGUUUUAGCUUAAGAUGAAGAUCCCUACAACAUUUUUUGGCAAAUAUUACAGUUAUUAAAUAGUUUUCUAAGUGAAAGUGAUUUUUUGGAAUAUUCUGUGGCUCUCUUUAAGGUUGA